GGAGGGCAGCCGGCAGUGACAGAUCACACAGGACUCAGACAGUGUGCUGCGAUGGAGCAAGGUGUGGCUAAAAUGAUCAUGCUGGCAGGAAGUAUCCUGGUGGUCCCUGUCCUCGCCUUCGUCACCUCCUACCUGUUCUACCCCGGAGCUCUACUCAAGGCCUACAACUGGUACUGGCGACGCAGGUUGGGGUUGGUGGUCCGCUACUCUCAGAAUGGAAGUUACCGCUUCUGUUAUUCCAGCCGUGGGACACCAGGGGGCGCCACACCAUCAAUUCUGCUUCUGCACGGUUUCUCCGCCACCAAGGACAUGUGGCUGCCCAUUGUCAAGUACCUUCCCAGGGACCAGCAUUUGGUGUGUGUGGACAUGCCAGGACAUGAGGGGACGAGUCGCACCGGCGCCGAAGACUACAGCAUUCAGGGCCAGGUCAACCGAAUCCACCAGUUUGUGCAGAGUAUCGGUCUGGAUAAACAACCCUUCCACCUGGUUGGGACAUCGAUGGGUGGGAACGUUGCGGGUGUGUACGCCGCCUGUUACUCUGGUUACCUGUGCAGCGUCACCUUGAUCUGUCCGGCAGGUCUGGAUUAUCCUACAGACAGCGAGUUUAUCAGCCGUCUGAGGGAGUUGGAGAAGAAUCCGGAGGAGGCGAUUCCUCUGAUCCCCUGCACUCAUCAGGAGAUGGAGGCCAUGCUCAAACUCUGCUGCCACACACCUCUGAACCUCCCCCGACAGCUCAUGCGUGGUCUCCUUGACAACAGGAUCCCCAACAACCCUUUCUACAAAGAAGUGUUCAUGGAGAUCGUCGGGGAGAAGUCUCGUCACUCGCUGCAGGAAAAGCUGCAUUUGAUCACAGCGCCCCUGCAGGUCAUCUGGGGGAAAGAAGACCAGGUGUUGGAUGUUUCGGGGGCAGCAGUGUUGCAGGCGGCGCUGCCAAGCUGUCAGGUGGCAAUCUUGGACCAAUGUGGUCACUCGGUGGCGUUGGAGCGUCCAAGGAAAGCUGCCAAUCUCAUCGUGGACUUCCUGUCUGUGCAGGUCAACAGCAAAGACGCUAAGAAACUUUCCUAAAGAAACUCCUCAUUUCACAGUGGAUGAUGAAGGUUAUGAUGAACAUGAGGAGGCUAAUGAUGAUGUAAAUGAUGAGGUUAUGACACUGACAGCAGUGAUGAUAAAGGUGAUGAUACUCUUUUAUACUUAACUUUAAGAGUUUUCUAUGACGGUGUAAAAAUACACAUGAACGCACAAAAGUAUGACAAAUAUUCCUGAACUUUUUAGCAGUUUGAUUCCUACACAGAACCACGCAGGAGGCUUUAAAUCUCUGUUUUAAAUGUUAUUUAAAAACAUUCCUCUGUAGGAUUUUGCACAUUUCACUUUCAGAAAAAAAACUGUAUUUCGUGCUCUUGUUUCAUAUAAAGGCAGAUGUCUGUGUGUUUAAUCCUCAUAAGCACACAUUCAGGUUGAAUUUCAGAAUGAUGAAUGUACUGAAGGCGAAUGUGUUGUUUGAUUUAUGUGUGAUUUGUUUGUGUGUUGGUUCAUAAACCUAAAUGAUAAAGUUAAAGCAAUAAGUUUAGCACUGAGACAAAGAGUGUCUAUGGACAACAAAAAUAAACCUAUUGAGAAAUUGA